AUGAAAUCAGAAGCAUCUGAAACGAACUACGAUUGGCUUGAUCUCGGCACGGAACCUUUUCGGAAGGGUUCCCGUCUCGGCAAAGACCCUGAAGAACAACUUCACUUUCAGCUGGUAACUGAAACUCUCACCGACGACGUUAGCAACGCAAGCACAGCAUGCAAAGCAAAAAUUCCGAAAAAACGCAACUCCUCCGACGUUCUGGCCCAACGUUCGGACGCACUUAAGCACAGCAACCCGUGGACUGAUCACCCACAAAAGACGAGAGCACGCACCUCGCACGGUUCUAAGCCAUACGGGCGAGAAAAAACCGCUGUCUCGUCACGCGUAUCGGACUUAAAAGUCACCCCAUCUCGGCAUUCGCAUUCUCCUCUCUCGAAGAACUUCCUCCAGCUAACGAGGUUUCCAUCAGCAUCCCGGCGAAAGUUGGCCAAACUUGUUUUGUCCCCUCCAUCUCGGCAAGCUUAUCAUAGAGUACAACAAUUAUCCAUCUCGACGUACCUUUGCGGCACCAGAACAGGCGGACUGCAAAGUCAAACUAAACUCGGUGAAGAUGAAAACCCUAUCAUUCAUCCCGUUGAAGUCGAAAACGGUCGCGUCAACACGAACAACGGUCGCGUCAACCCUCUAUUGGUCCCAGGCGAAGAAGCUCCAGUCACCAACGCCGCGACUACCGCGCCCAUGCAAGAUUUCGCUGUUCGAAUCGCCGCGACGCAAGCUCCACAUCACCAAAGGCGGACGAGUUAUCCCUACUGGACGAACCCUUUUCCAGACGACGAUAAGAAGUAUCACGGCAACAGGCUCUAA